AUUCUCUGUCGGAACCACAUCUCGUCCUGAGGAAGUAGCAACGCAGCAGAGGGUAUAUAAUGGGCGCGGUGUUAGAAGAGAGAAGGCCAUCCUGAAGCAUCCAUUGCACACCGAAAACGACUACCGAAUCGCAUCCGCCCGUCAUGCUUUCCACGCUUCGAACCGUCCGAACACCGACCAAACGAUUUGCGACACAACUGCGCACUGCAGCAACACAGGCGCAAAAGCGCACAGGCGACAUUUCCGAUGCAUUCGCAUCUCUUUCCGGGCAGGAGUUCAAACCAUUAACGCCUGAAUAUGCAGACCUCAAAGGUCGUCUGAUCAAAGGUCGCGAAAACGAAGUACGAGAGUCUUGGGAGCGCUUACUCCGGGAACUGCGGGAAGAGAUCCCGCUCAUCGUCGAACUUGGGUCCAAGGUGAUUCCUGAGAUCGACUUCAAGGACAUCGACAAUGCGCCGGAGACGUUUAACAGCAAGUUGAGGAAGCGAGGAGUUGCCGUCGUCAGAGGUGUGGUCUCUGAGGCAGAGGCGCUGCAAUGGAAGGAGGAUCUGCGCGAGUACAUUCGCCGGAACCCUCAAACCAAAGCAUUCCCUGCCGACAACCCUCAAGUCUUCGAGCUGUACUGGUCGCGCAUUCAACUCCUCGCACGUGGGCAUCCGAACAUGCUCAAGACCCAAAAGUUUUUGAUGUCAUACUGGCACAGCAUAAACCCGCACAUUCCAAUCUCGACACAGCAUCCAAUCAGCUACGCCGAUCGCCUGCGGAUGCGCCUGCCUGGCGAUGCCAAAUUCGCCCUAGGACCACAUGUGGAUGGUGGUAGUGUUGAACGUUGGGACGAGAAGGGCUACGGCCUAGGCAAAGUCUACGACUCGGUCUGGAAAGGACGAUGGGAAGACUUUGACCCUUGGGAGGCGAGCUGUCGUCUGCCUGUCAAGUCUGAUCUUCAUCGGGGCGUAGGAGCUUGCAGCGCAUUUCGCAUGUUCCAGGGUUGGCUGUCAUUAAGCACUUGCAGUGCUUUUGAGGGCACUCUGCUUGUCAAUCCACUACUGGCGAAAGCAACAGCGUAUUACCUCCUUCGCCCCUUCUUCUCGCCAAAGCGCGGCGUCGACCAAGGUGCGCAGACAGCGUCUGAAGCCGUCACCAAGUCGACCGACUUCCUCGCCUCGGACAACUGGGAGAUGGACUCCACACCUACGUCUUGGGUGCACGGUGCAACUCCUGGUCAUGGGCAAGAGUUGUCACACCUGCUUCACCCUCACCUCGACUUGCAAAAGUCGAUGAUCCACAUGCCCACAGUCAAGCCCGGCGACUAUGUUGCAUGGCACUGCGACACCAUACAUGCCGUCGAUAAGACGCAUGCAGGCAAGAAAGACUCGAGCGUGCUGUACAUCCCAGCUUGCCCAAUGACAGAAGACAAUGCGAACUAUCUCGUGCGGCAGCGUGAGAACUUCGUGAAUGGCACUCCCAGCCCAGACUUUGGUGGAGGCAUUGGUGAGAGCGAACACGUUGGGCGCGUCAAGGCUGACGACAUGCAGCAGUUGGUCGGUGAAGAAGGAUGCAGAGCAAUGGGCCUGGAACCCUGGGACAGUGAUGCUGCCGGUUUGAUUCCCGGACAGAGGGUGAUUCUGGACAGGGCGAACAAGAUCCUCGGGUUUUAUGAUUAA